UCUUCUUCUUCUGCUUCUCUCUCUAGUUUAUUUCCCUCCUUGUUACUUUCCUCACCCUGUUAAACUGGAGAGAGAGAGAGAGAGACAGAGAAAGAAAGAGAGAGAAACUUUUAAUUAAGGGUAUGGAAUGACAUAUUAACCUCUCUUAUCUCGCCUACCACUUGCGCGCCGUUGCAUAUACCAGUUAAUAACUCGUACAAAAGUUUUUGGUAUAAAGAGGGCAGCGGGAUGCACAAUCUAGUUGCAGAAACAACAACAACCUCAUCAUCAUCAACAAUGAGCCACGACGACUCCAACAAGGCCGACCAUGAUCAUGAGCAUGAGCAUGAUGAGUAUGUUGAUGAGCAUGAGCACGACAUGGUGAUGCCGGGCUUUCGCUUCCACCCUACUGAGGAGGAACUUGUAGAGUUCUACCUUCGCCGUAAGGUUGAGGGCAAGCGCUUCAAUGUUGAACUCAUUACUUUUCUCGAUCUUUAUCGCUAUGACCCUUGGGAACUUCCAGCUAUGGCAGCAAUUGGGGAGAAGGAAUGGUUCUUUUAUGUGCCAAGAGACCGCAAGUACCGCAACGGCGAUAGGCCAAACCGGGUAACUACUUCUGGGUAUUGGAAGGCAACUGGAGCCGACCGCAUGAUUCGAAGCGAAAACUUCCGCUCAAUCGGCCUCAAGAAAACCCUAGUCUUUUACUCCGGGAAAGCUCCCAAAGGCAUUCGAACUAGUUGGAUCAUGAACGAAUAUCGCUUGCCGCAUCAUGAAACUGAACGAUAUCAAAAGGGAGAAAUAUCACUUUGCCGAGUAUACAAGAGAGCCGGAGUUGAAGACCACCCAUCACUCCCUCGUUGUCUCCCAGCAUCCAGGGCAUCCACAUCUAGAUCAUCAGUACUAGUGGCUCAAUCGACGACCAGGUCAGACAAUAAAAAGCAGCACACCAAUAAUAUCAACACAGUGGAUAGUGUGAUUGAAAAACUCCAAGCUUUUAAUGAAGGCCAAUCGCAGCAGAUUCAUCAUGAUCAUGAACAUCAGAUGGAUCAAAAGAUGAACAUCGAAACUGAAGGUAGCAGCAGAAAUUCUGAUGUGACAACAGUUUUGCGGCUUUCCAAGCAUAAAGCGUACCCUCAGGGCCACCACCAGCACCACAACAUUGAGAGUAGUACCGCUGCCGCACUUGGACAACCGGGUGCCCCAACUCAUCCUGUGGAUCAGGAAGAAGGGAUGGCUGCUUUCUCGCAUCACUCAGCAAACUCAAAGCAAUCUGCUGCUAAUUGCUCUUCGGUGAUCUCGAGUACUGGCAAUUCAUGUGCAGCACUCUUCACGAGUGGUUCUUCUUCUGUUUUGUCUUCCAAUAUGAAUGCGAUUGAUGAUCUUCAUAGACUUUUGAAUUACCAACCUGUAAACGUACAGCAGCAGGCUGCUUCCAAUCAUCACCAACAUCAACAAUAUGUAAAUCAUCAUCUAGUGCAAUACUAUGAUCAUCAUCAUCAUCAUCCCCAACCCAGCAACCUGUUCUCAACAAAUUUCCCUUCAGCAGCGGCAGCACUAUCAACUAUACAGCCACAGCAGCAGCAGCUCCCCUCCAACACACUUCCGACUGCUUUCUCUGACCGCCUAUGGGACUGGAAUCCAAUAUCAGAGCCAACCCGGCCGGACUACAACAAUCUGUUCAAGUAAUCCAAUUAUAUCAGUACAUAUUUAUAGUACUGAUUACCAUGGAUAUUCUUACAUAUAGAUCCAUAAUAGUUCCAUCGAUAAACUUCUUAUUUAGUUAUGCUAUUAGCUAGCUACUCUAAUGAAUGAUUUAUCUAGCUAGCUAGCUAGCUUGCCCCUUAAUAAGUUCUAGGUCUAGUAAUCUAAUUGCUUAAUGUUCUAGCUCAUUAAGCUUAUAUAUACUUGAUUUUUUCUUUUAAUGUUAUGACUUAUAUAUAUAAUAUGUUUCAUUGUUUC